GCGGGCGGCCCCGGGACCAGCGGCGGUAGCGGCGGCGGCGGCGGCGUGGUGGUCGGGGUGGCCGAGGUGAGAAACUGGCGGUGCUGCUGCUUCGGCAGCACCUGUUGGUGCCGGAGCCUCGUGCUGGUGUGCGUGCUGGCCGCCCUGUGCUUCGCUUCCCUGGCCCUGGUCCGCCGCUAUCUGCAGCACCUCCUGCUCUGGGUGGAGAGCCUCGACUCGCUGCUCGGGGUCCUGCUCUUCGUCGUGGGCUUCAUCGUGGUCUCCUUCCCCUGCGGCUGGGGCUACAUCGUGCUCAAUGUGGCGGCCGGCUACCUGUACGGCUUCGUGCUAGGCAUGGGGCUCAUGGUGGUGGGCGUCCUCAUCGGCACCUUCAUCGCUCAUGUGGUUUGCAAGAGGCUGCUCACCGCCUGGGUGGCCGCCAGGAUCCAGAGCAGCGACAAGCUGAGCGCCGUUAUCCGCGUCGUGGAGGGAGGAAGCGGCCUGAAGGUGGUGGCGCUGGCCCGGUUGACUCCCAUACCUUUUGGGCUUCAGAAUGCAGUGUUUUCGAUUGCUGAUCUUUCCUUACCCAACUAUCUGAUGGCGUCUUCACUUGGACUGCUUCCAACUCAGCUUCUAAACUCGUACCUGGGCACCACCCUGCGGACAAUGGAAGAUGUCAUUGCAGAACAAAGUGUUAGUGGAUAUUUUGUCUUUUGUUUACAGAUUGUUAUAAGCAUAGGCCUCAUGUUUUAUGUGGUCCAUCGAGCUCAAGUGGAACUGAACGCAGCUAUCGUAGCUUGUGAGAUGGAACUGAAAACCUCUCUGGUUAAAAGCAGUCAGCCCGAUGUUAGUGGCUCUUCCUUCUACAGCAAGAGGACACUCACGUUUUCUGGAGGUGGAAUCAAUGUUGUAUGAGUCUUACAAACUGUGGUUGUCAAGAGCUAGUGUGCUGUCCAGGCCUAGCGGUCACGUCCCUAGUGCGGGCACAGUGCUGCUUGCUCAUUGUGGCACAAACAAAACUGACUAGUUUUUAAAUUGCACAAUUUUCUAAAAGCAAGAAUCAUUUUCUGGGUCUGUCAAUGUAAAAGCCGCUCCGGCUGCCCCUCGUUAGGCCUGUAAUGCCUAUAGUGUGCACUUUAGUGUUGUCGAAUUGCGUUAUUGCUGGGACUUAGGGACAGAAAUAACCCAGAUAGUUCUUUCUGUUUAGUAUCUUUAUUUAUAAAGCCCAUGGAUAGUUUUCUGCAUCCGUCUUCAAAGGAGUAAAGUCUGCAGUCCUGCACGGAUCAUUGCUGGAUGCUCUUGGCUUAGGUGGUCUUUCCAGAAGGAGGAAACUGAUGUUUCUGUUUUUGUUUUAUUUCUGUUGUUGUUUUAAGCAGGACAACUUUACUUCAUUUUCUUUGCUUAUGAGAAAAUAAGUGUAUUUCAGUUGAAUGUAUAUUAUCAAGCAUUAUAUCAUUGUGGGUCUUUACACCUUUUCAUAUAAGCUUAAAUCCUACAUUGUGGGACUGAAGUGCUCUUAAGAUUCCUUUUUGUUUCCACUAUGUUAUAUGCAAAGCAAAAGGGAACUGAUUUAGUGGGUGGUGGCUCGAAAGGAGAACCCACAUGCUUAUUUCUUUAUGUUUCUGAUUUAGUGGGUGGUGGCUCGAAAGGAGAACCCACAUGCUUAUUUCUUUAUGUUUCUGAUUUAGUGGUGGUGGCUCGAAAGGAGAACCCACAUGCUUAUUUCUUUAUGUUGUUCUCACCUGUUAGACCUCAUCAAAGGGCUGUGUGAUUAGCACUCUUACUAAACCGUUUUCCCUUUUUAUAUUAACAAUUAGGCUUUGAAAUAAAAAUUAUCCCUACAAAAUGAUGGGCUUACCAUCUCUGAAGUUGUUGUUCUGGUGGCCUUGUUUAGUCAAAACGCCUUGUUAGAAAGAAACAAGCUUUAAAAUCAUGUAUAUAGUUCCAUUAAAGUUCUUAUGUAUUUGUCCCCAUAGUCUUCAGCUUUAAAACUAUAAACAUAAUUUUAUCACAAUGCCCAUGUUUGUGUUCUCUGGUGCAUUAUUGCUGUUUGAUUUGGGGCUUUGGUAUUCCUUUUCCCUGAUACGACUCAGGAAUUCUGAAAUGUGAAAUUGUCUGUUCUUUUUCUCGUAGCAUGUGUGUUUACUGACAGCACUUAGGACUGUGGAACACAACAAUCCACCAUGGAUUCCUACGGCGUACAUUCGCUGUUCAGCCUCAUUUGACAAUAGUUUAAUUGUGAACUCAACCGUUGGUUGAUUUGGUUACGAAUGAGAUUGUAGAGAUACAGGAAUAUUUUCUGUUAAGUAUUUCAUUUUUCUGACUUUUCCAGCUCUCAGAGCUCUCUCCUCUGCCUUUUCUUUGCAGUAAAACCUUUGCCAUGUUUUCUGCUGACCUACAGAGUAAUCCUUUGUAAGCAGAUUUUUGUAGUCUUAUGCUAGAGACGAAUUUGAUCAUGUUGAUGUACAAGAUUUUACCCUAUUCAAGUUGUUUUCUCCCCUUACUUAUGCCUCUGAGGAGCGAGUGGCCUUGUUGGGAAGCACUGGUCUACGGCUCGCGACUGGUAGAAAAAUAACUGUAUACUUUGAGUCCCCGUUGCCUAUUUUGGUUUUAAAUUUUGUUUUAGUUUGACCAUCCCAGUAAAGAAAAUAUUUAAUUUAUUCUUUUAGGGAAGACUUAGCAACAUUGUGUUUACCAUUAGUUAUUUUUGUGUUAGAGGAAUCUUUGUUUAAGAUCGCUGUUUCCAUACUGUGUUACUGUUCAUGUAUUUUGAAGUGCAUUCUAUUGACUUAGCGUCUGUGACUUGAACAACUUCACCAAAUGAGUGUCCUUUGGUAAUGAGUUCUUCCAGAUGUUAACACUUUCCUUGGACUUUGUAUUAAAUAUGUAAAGGUUAAAAAUACUUUUCUGUAUUCUGCCAAUCAUAACUUUAUAUAAUAAAUCAUCAACUUUUAUAAUA